GCGGGGAGGUUCCCGCACUCUGGCGUGCGUCGGGAAGGUUCCGAAGCUUCACCCCCACCUACGGGUAUGUACCGAACCCCCACUAUCAAAGUCCAGAUGUCUACCGGAUUGUAGGUACUCGCGGUGCGAGCAUCAACAACGUUCUUCCGUAUGUACCUCGGAGGUGACGAUUUUUCCGUCCAAUCACUUUGCUGGCCGGAGAAAUGCAUAGGUUAUGUAGAUUGUAGGUAUAUGUAGGUAUAUGUAGCACUCCCGCUUCGCUGCGCGGGUUUUGUCGAGUGUCCAGCUGCCGUCAGUCAAACGCAAACGCAAAGAACAGAACCAAGAUGUCCCUCCCACCACGCGCCAAAUCCCCCGCAAAGCUAGUAUCCCGCUACCCGGACUUUGAAAAAGUGCAAUCCGAGCGAGCGCCGUUCGACGAGUACUCGUUCACGCACACGCAGACGGUAGACCCAGCAUGGCGACCAGGCAGCGGCGCAAACGACCCGUCGUGGCGCGAUCACGAAACAGUACACAUCGACCCGUACGCCGGCGACCGCACGCCGCUGGAUAACUACAAGCUUUUGGUAUCAGGCAUCGUUCCGCGGCCGAUUGGGGUCGUCUCAACCGAGGGCCCAGACGGCCAACGCAACCUCGCGCCGUUCUCGUACCUCCAGAUCGUCAACCACGACCCGCCCAUCUUCACGUUGGGCUUCACGAUGGGCGCUUCAGCGCUCAAGGACACGUCGCGGCACGUGUUGUCCACGCGCGAGUGCGUGAUCAACCUUGUCAGCGAGCACUUCGUCGAGGCCGCGAACUACACGAGCAUUGACGCGCCCUCGGGCGUGUCCGAGUGGACGCUCUCGGGGCUUACGCCCGCGCCGAGUUGUAAGGUCAAGCCCCCGAGAGUCGCGGAGGCGGUGUUUGCCGUAGAGGCAAAGCUCGUGGCGAGUCAUGAUUGGUUCUCCCCUAGCACCGGGGAGAAGACGGGCGUGCUGGCGAUUCUGAGUGGUGUUUAUUUUCAUGUCAGGGAGGAUGCCCUGAAUGAGGAUAGGAAUGUUGUCGAUUUUAGGGUGCUGAGACCGGUGGGACGGCUCGGUGGGAUUACGUAUCUCAGGGCCAGGGAGGGGUUCGAGGUGCUGAGACCGACUUUUGGGAAGGAUGGGGAGAAGGAGAAGAAUGGAGUGGAGCAGAAUGGGGCGGAGAAGAAUGGGGUGGAGAAGAAUGGGGUGGAGCAGAAUGGGGCGGAGAAAGAAUAGAGAGGUUUGUGUGGAUGAAUGGCGAGCCAACACCUGUGAUGGGCACAAACGUCGAAAAGACGAACUCGAUCUAUUCCCCGAUGAUGUGUGCACGUUUUGCCUGCUUGGAGUGUGAUAACAGAGAGGGGCUUAUCUGCUAGGUACUCGUCCGAAAUAGAAUCCUUAAG